CGGGGUUGUGCACACCCCCACAUCUCGCCAUGGCUUGCUCCGGUCGUUUGGCAGAGGUUCUGAAUGAAGAUGCGCUCGUGCGAAUUUGUCGCUUUCUUCCUGCCCGGCCUUUGCUGGAGCUGGGCAGCAGCUGCUCAGAUUUCUAUCAUCGGGCUAGGAACUCCAAGGAGUUGUGGAAGGGUUUGUGCUCCUUCCUGCUGGGUGACACCACGCUAAUGCUACAUGAAGCGAGCUGGUCGUCCAGUUCGACGCUAGGUUCCACAGCGGAGUUCUAUCGGCGCCUUUUUCGCGCAGCUUGGAGUUGCGAGGACUUUUGCUACGACCAUCGCUUGCGGCGCAGUUUGUUGAUGUCUUUACAGAAUGAGGCGGAAGGAGAAGGAUCUCGGAACCAGUCCACGGAGCUCCUUUGCAUGUCGGGCCACAGCUCUGAAACCUUAGGACCUUUAGUGAUCCAGAUUGGUGGCAUGCGCAACUCCCUGCAGCCAGACGAUAUUGUUCACGUGACCGUCAUCAACCUGCAGAAUCGCCAGAUCCUUCGCCCCACGCUGACAGAGGAUUCCCUGAAGCCGCUGCAGCGCAUGCGUCAUGCCAGCUGCGUGGUGAUGCCCAACUCCCUGCCACAGGAUGCGGCAUUCCCUGGAGCCAUUUUGGUGCUGGGGGGCCAUGAUGCGAAUACCCGAGCGCCCAGGCUAGGAACGCCGCGCCCGGCCAUGCGGCGCUUGAUGUUCCUGCAGGUCACCAAGGACGAUGGAUCUCAGAUCCGAUGGAUAGAACGACAGGCAUUUGGCACUAUCCCUGAGUACAUGUACAACCUCGCUUGUGCCUCCUUUGCCGAUGGUAAGAAGGUGUGCGUCUUUGGGGGUGACAUCCCUACCUCCGAAGAAGAGUACGAGCGCAUUCAAGAUCGAACGUGUUGCAGCUUUGUGUAUGUUUUGGAGUUGACCACUUGCACCUGGUCAGCCAUACGUACGAGGGGCCUGGCCCCUGACUGGCGAUCCUUCCAUGCUGCUGUGAGCCACACAUCGUUUUUGGAUGGCAAGGACUAUCUGAUCACCUUUGGUGGCAGCAGUGAGCAUUGCGAGCCCUUGGCAGGUGGACAUUUGGCCGACAUGCGCGGCUACCAGUUGGACCUUCAUGACUUCAAGUGGCAGAUGGGUCCCGCAGAGGAUCUGCCAGCGCCCCGUUUGCGCUUUGGGGUGGCGCGCUGGGGUCGACAUCUCUUGGUUCAUGGAGGUCAUGGUAAUGGUCUCCACCAGAGCGUGACACGGUUGAAUCUGCACACUUUGAAGUGGGGUCGCCUGAAGUUUACGAAUGCUCCACCCCCUUUGGGAGCGUCCGCCUUUGAGACUGGCGCUCCUCAGGCAGGCAUCGUUGUUGGCGGCGCCCAACAGACGGUGCUAGGUCCACGCAUCCUGCAACGCUUGGUGGUGCUGCGCUUGCGGGAUCACUUGGUGGAGGAGGAUGGAGCGUUGGCGCCGGAAGAAAGUCAUAUAGCCACUGGUGAUGAUGAGAGGGGUGAAGCUGACAUGGCUAUGACUGAAGUUCGACUCCAAAUCCAAACCGCCGGAGGCCAGCGCCGGGUGGUGUCGAUCCCUGUGUCCAUGUUAGCGACACUUGGGAGUGAUCAGGCGGGAGCCACUGGAUUGCUUCGCUUGCUGCAGGCCGUCGAGGACAACGCUGACGAUGCGGACCCCGGGCCGCGCCCUGCGCCGUGCCCUGCGCCGUGAGCACAGGAGUUUUCAGCACAGAAAA